CAGCAGGAACUCCACCGGUAGAGAUGCCUGGGCGACCCACGUGUGCGCUGGUGGUGCUGGGGCUGGCUUGCUCUACGCGCGGCGGGGAUGGGUUCGUGGGGCCAACUGCAGGUGGCAGGCCGCGAGCAGCGUUGGCCAGGGGUCGGGCGGCAAUAACCCGGGCCACAACAGCACCAUCUCGCCGAUCGGCGGGGCUCGUGAGGAUGGCGACUGACCAGGAAAAGGAAGGAGUUGCCACCGAGGAGCCAAAGGAUGAGCUUGGCGACGACAAGCUUAUCUACGACGCUCGGAGCGGGCGAUUCUACGAGAAGAAGCUGGAGGAGGUUUGCCGAGAGGAGUACUGCGCGAUCGAUGAAACCACCGGCAAGCCGAUGCUGCUGACGACCGGGGAGAAGGAGCGUAUCUUCACCGACGCCAUCCAGAGCUUCUACUACAACCAGCGGCAGAUGCUGGACGACGACGACUUCGACAAGCUUAAGGAGGAUCUCGCGUGGGAGGGAAGCCCGGUGGUUUUGAUGAACCGAGACGAGCAGCUGUUCAUGAGUGCCAUGGCAGCCUACAGUCGCGGCGACAAGAUUAUCGAUGACGAGGAGUUCGACAGGCUGAAGGCGUCUCUCAGAGAGUCCGGCAGCGUCGUAGCCGUCAGCACGGAGCCCAAGUGCUAUAUCGACACGGGUAUUUGCACCGUAACCUUCCAGGAGGACCUCUUCCGGCGGUUUGCAACGUACUUGCCAGCAAACUUUAUCUUCGGCCUCGCUUUCCUAGGCGCCUCGUGGCAGAUCAUCGAGCCCAUCCGGUACCUCAACCCCCUCGCGACACUGCUGCUUCUCACGGCCCCCACCAUCGCGGCAAGCAAGAAAUUCACCGACCUCUGCCUUUACCAGGACAACGGGACAGUGGCAUCAGGACCCUGCCCCUCGUGCGGGGCGCAAAACCGAGUCUUCUUCGGGAGCAUGCUGGGGGUGAAGGGAAACAUAGACGAUUCCGAGUUCAAGUGCGACAACUGCGGCGAAAUCAUCAAGAUCCGCCGCGCGGACUUGCGCGCUCGUACCCUCCCCAAGUUGUAA